AUCUACAUUGAGUUGGAUUUGUGCUACCAGCCUCCAAAUGGCUCAGCGGGGAGCAGGGUUGAAGAGGAUUUUGUCUAUCCUGUGAAAGACAGGACUGCCCAGUGUCUGAGAACGAAGGAACUGGACAAGAAGGUUGCUGCUCUAGGCAGAAAGCUGGGAAAAGGUCUGGAGGCUGAUGAAGAAGAGGAAGAGGAGGAAGAUUUCUAUAAUACAUCUGAGACUGAAGCUUCAGGCACAAUCUUCAGCCCUCUGUUCUUUGAAAAAUGUUUUCUGCGGGGCUCCUUUUGUGUUUACCCCACUGAGGAAGCUGUUACAGAGCCCAGGGUCUCCUGGGGCAUUCCAAGGAACAGACCCAUCAAGGUUCUUGUAAGAGUUUACAUUGUUAAGGCUACAGAUCUGUCUCCAGCAGACCCAAGUGGCAAAGCAGACCCGUAUGUGGUGGUGAUGGGGCACCAGCAGAAGGACACAAAGGAGCGACACAUCCCAAAGCAGCUCAAUCCUGUGUUUGGAGAAGUUGUGGAGCUGACAGUCUCCUUUCCCAUGGAAUCAGAACUCACUGUGGCAAUAUUUGACCAUGAUUUGGUUGGAUCUGAUGAUCUGAUUGAGGAGACCAAGAUUGACUUGGAGAAUCGAUUCUACAGAAAGCACAGGGCCAACUGUGGACUGCCUUCACAGUAUGACUUAAAUGGCUACAACACAUGGUGAGAUGCUUUUAAACCCACACAGAUCUUGGAUAGCUUAUGCAAGAAAAACUCAAUCCCUGCUGCAGAGUACAGAUGGGAGGAGGUCAAAGUGGACAAUAAAAUAUUCAAAGUCCCUCCAGAAGCUUUUCCUGAAGAGGUCUCUGUGAGGAACAAGAGAGGAGUGGCAGAUCAGAACUUGUUGGUGGAUGUUGAACGUAAGGCUUUGUACAUCCUGCAACACUGGGAAGAGAUGCCAGGAUAUGGGUACAAGCUAGUACCAGAGCACGUGGAAAUCCGGUUUUUGUACAACACGGAGAAGCCUGGGCUAGUGCAGGGCUCCUUGCAUAUGUGGAUUGACAUGUUCCCAAAUGAUGUCCCUGCACUACCAGCCAUCAACAUCAAGACACGACUGCCUGUCAGCUAUGAGCUCCGUGUGAUUAUCUGGAACACGGAUGGUAUGAUCCUUGACGAUGUUAACCCAGUAACAGGAGAGUUUUCAAGCGACAUCUACGUGAAAAGCUGGAUAAAAGGUCUUGACCAUGACAAGCAGGAGACAGAUGUUCACUUUAACUCCUUGACUGGGGAAGGCAAUUUCAACUGGAGGUUCAUCUUCCGCUUAAAUUAUCUCCCGACUGAGAAGGAGAUCACCUACAAGAAAAAGGACUUUGUCUUCUCCAUGGAAGAAUCAGAGUUUCGGGAACCAGCUGUUCUGGUCCUCCAGGUCUGGGAUUAUGACAGGAUUUCAGCUAAUGACUUUCUAGGCUCCAUCGAGCUGAAGCUGCAUGACAUGGUGUGGGCAGCCAAGAGCUCUCGGCAUUGCACCAUCAAAAUGGCCAAGGAGAAUGCAAUGCCUCGAUUCUCCAUCUUCCGAAAUAAGUGCAUGAGGGGCUGGUGGCCCUUCAUCAAACUCAGACAUCAAGAAGAUGACAAGAGAGAGGAAAGGGAGUACUGGAAGAAAAAGAAAAAUAAGUGGAGCAACUCAGUCAAACCAGAGGACAUGGAAUUCACAGACCCCAGUGGGAACAAAUACCUCCUGACAGGUAAGGUGGAAGCGGAGUUCCAACUUCUGACUGUGGAAGAGGCUGACUAAAGUCCUGUUGGCUUAGGCCGAAAAGGGCCUGAACCCCUGGAAAAGCCCAGUUGGCUCAAAACAACUUUCAACUGGUUUGUGAAUCCUAUGAAGACCUUUGUUUUUUUUAUCUGGAAACGGUACAAGAAAUACAUAAUUAUGUUGUUUGUUGUCACUGUUGUGACCAUCUUUCUGGUUCUUCUGGUUUACACCAUGCCUGGAUACAUCAGUGAAAAGAUCAUCAACGGAUAAAUGCUCUCCAGCAGAGGACUCAAAAACAGGAGUGAUUGCGGCAGGAAUCAAAAGAGCAUCAGAAAACUUAAUGAAAUCCUGCAGGUGCAUUGACAGCCUAAAGACACAAAGACCUGCAGAAGUGAGCUUUGUUUUCCUCAUGAAUAAAAGCUGUCUUUCUCUCUGA